UUUAAUUUAAAACCAUUUAAAACAGCAUUGAGUGAGUCGGACAUUGGGCAUUUCGCCAACCGCAGUGGUGACCAACUAGUGACUAGGUGUCUAUUUUGCUCCACAUUGGGAAGAGAAGACGACUGCGCGCGUCGUCUAAUAAAAAUAACCAAUUUGUAAAAUAAUAAUAUAAAUAAUAUCCGCAUAGGGACUAGAACGCAAACCAUUUGAAAGCGAACAGAUUCCAGCAUAAUAAAUAACCUGAAACUGAACGCCGAAGCAGCUGCGAGUAAGAACUCACACAAGCUAUAGGAACUCUAUUGGUAUUGGUGAGCGCUCCCAACAAAUUUCGGUGCACCAAGCAACCUAGUACGUAUUAUCAAAAUUCACAACUAAAAAAAAGGCCCCACAUUCGGCAAGCUGAGCCAGGCGUAUUUUACGCAACCAAACUUGGAGCGGAGCGUAGCAAUUGCAGGUAGUGCAGCAACAACAAGAACCAGAGAAGCACAGAACCAUCAUGGCGAAUAUGGCUGUAUCACGCAUAAAGCGCGAAUUCAAGGAAGUUUUGCGCAGCGAGGAGAUCGUGCAGUGUUCCAUCAAAAUCGAUCUUGUCAAUGACAGUUGGACAGAGCUACGUGGUGAAAUAGCAGGCCCCCCCGACACACCUUACGAGGGGGGAAAGUUCAUCCUGGAAAUUAAAGUGCCCGAGACAUAUCCCUUUAAUCCACCAAAGGUUCGUUUCAUCACGCGCAUUUGGCAUCCGAACAUCUCGUCUGUGACUGGCGCCAUUUGCCUGGAUAUACUCAAGGACAACUGGGCAGCGGCGAUGACUCUGCGCACGGUGUUGCUAUCCCUGCAGGCCCUGCUGGCCGCUGCAGAGCCCGACGAUCCGCAGGACGCUGUGGUGGCGUACCAAUUCAAAGACAAGUACGAUCUGUUUCUGCUUACUGCAAAGCACUGGACAAAUGCUUACGCAGGAGGUCCGCACACCUUCCCCGAUUGUGAUUCAAAAAUUCAACGCCUUAGAGACAUGGGCGUCGACGAGCAUGAUGCGCGCGGCGUCCUCUCUAAGGAGAACUGGAACUUGGAAAAGGCCACCGAGUGCCUGUUCAGUUAGCUUGCUAAGACCACAGUAGUAACACACCUACAAUAGCCACAGCUCCCGGAAAAAACAACCACUAAAUUCAAGCAGUCACGAUUCGAUGAACCAUUUAUGCAAUAUUUCCAAGCUGAUACUGGUGCAGGAGGAGCCACGAGAUCCGAUUUUAAAUUUCUAAAAUGCUUUCUUGAGUAAUUCAAACACCAAAACUCCCUGCCCUGCCCCACUUCUGUAAGUGCUUUAUUUUGGUACCAAACUCGUUCCUUAAUACACGAGAUUCAACGCAUAAACCUUUAA